AUGAGCCGAUGGUUCCAGCAUCCAUGCUCCAAGAGUGCUUCUCGUUUCAUUCUUUUCGCCUUGCAGAUCGCAGUUUUGGCAUCUGCAAACGACUGGACAUUACUGUCUCCGCAGGGGAAUGCAGGCGCACGGAGUGGACACACGAUGGUCUGGGAUACCGACGAAGACGACGGAGGCUUCUGGUUGUUUGGUGGCGGAAACUCCAACAACAACAAACUGUACUUCUACAAUGCAGCUUCAAACAAAUGGACGCAGAAAGCCCUGGGCCCCGCGGUUCAAACCCGCCCCGCGGCUAGAUACGGCCAUUCUGCAGUGUGGGACCCCACGGCAAGAACCAUGUACGUCUUUGCAGGCACGACUGCGGACUCCGCUGGCAACACCUUUGACGAUCUCCAUCGCUAUGAUGUGCAACUCGACUCCUUUUCCGAGCUUACCGGCACUGCAGGGCGGUCAAUGCACACGGCGGUGUGGGACAGCACCAGCGAUCGGAUGAUCGUGUUCGGGGGCUUGGACGAUAUGCUGAACAAGCUGGAUAGCCUUGCGGAGUACGACCGGGCCACAGACAGCUGGUCCAGCCCAGCGGCAGUGGGCCCGGUAGCGCGCGACGGUCACGUGGCCGUUUGGGAUCCUGCUACCGGCAGUAUGCUGAUGUGUUGCGGUGCCUCCUCUGCGGCAACCCUCAGUGACCUGUGGAGCUAUAACGGCGCCUGGAGCCAGCUUGCUCCAUCAGGCAGCAUCACGGCCCGGAGCUACGCCUCCGCAGUCUGGGAUCCUCAGGCGGGGGCCUUGCUGGGUUUUGCUGGUUCUGGCGGUUCCAAGCUGAACUCCCUGUUCUUGUAUUCUGCAAGCGCCAACAGCUGGAGCGAGUACACUGAGACGGGCCCUCCUGCGCUAAACAGAGGUGCGGUGGCCUGGGAUCCCGUGAACGGGAGGCUCUACGCCUUCGGUGGCUACGAUGAAAACCAGGGCCUGUUGGAUUCGCUGUGGAGGUUGGAUGCGUCUCAUACGUCCAUGGCCAGCACGAGCUCUUCAACAUCAGCCCCUGAAACGGCCACCACGACCACCACGACCCUGACAACAUCAACAGUCUCCUCAACGGAUCACGCGAAGCACGGUUUCAUCAACCUCCACAUCCUCUACCUCUACGACUGCGUUUGUCACAUCUCCCGCCGAAACGAGUCUCACAACUACAUCUAA